UCGUCGCCGACAUCGCACGUUACAAUCUAAUUUCUUUAGCCGCGAUAAACAGCAAUAAAGCUAUGUUCACUCUUUUUAUGAUCUCCAUAAAGUUGAAAAUUCAAAAAAUAUGCUUGAUUUUAAAGCCGAGUGAUUCGUAAAUGGCGGAAUUAUCUUCGCGGUUUAUAAUGCUAUAAACAAAUGGAUACUACAAUGUUGAUCAAAGGGGCGCAAAGUCGCGUUGACAGGGGUGGUUGUCCCAAAAAUCAAUGACUGAGUAUCAGGAGGAGGACGAGAGUUGAAAAUGGCUAAUGAAACCGACCUCUAUUGUGUGCCGGGAGCCACAAAUUUCAAUAAGGCAUACAGGCGUCUUCACGGGUAUUUAGCCAUCGUUAUCUGCAUCGUCGGUUCCGCUACAAAUUCUAUCAACAUCACAGUUCUUAGUCGGCGGGAAAUGGCCAGCCCCACAAACUCGAUUCUCACCGGGCUGGCAGUGGCCGAUCUCUUAGUUAUGUUGGAGUACAUACCGUACGUGUUGCACAUGAAUAUUAAAAUUGGACCGCAAGUGAAUAAAAACACAUACGCUUGGGCCGUGUUUGUGUAUUUUCAUUCGAUAUUCAGUCAAACAUUUCAUACGAUAUCAAUUUGGUUGGCCGUAACACUUGCAGUGUGGAGGUACGUUGCCAUUGCGUUUCCCCAAAAAAAUAGAACGUGGUGCAGCAAACGAAACACUUCAAUAGCAAUAGUGAGUGCAUAUGUCAUGUGUCCUUUUCUGUGUCUUCCAAUUUAUUUUGCAAUGAACAUAGUGCCUAGUGAAGUGACUCCACAAAAUAAUUCAGAGUUCGCACAGGAUUUAUCUUUGCCGCAAAAUCGGACCGUUUACGUGUUAGAAAUGUCGAAGAAUAAAGAACUCGUGACUGCUAUCAUGUGGAUUUAUAGUGUCAUAUUAAAACUUGUUCCAAGUAUUGCGUUGUCGAUACUUAGUACGUGUUUGAUAUCAAAGUUAACCACCACAGAAAGGAGGAGACAGAAGUUGCUGAAGCGUUCCACUGUUGGGCCCAACGAGCCCGAAAAGCAAUGUCUAGCUGAAGAUUCAAGCGCAGCACGUAGAUCGAGCAGGACGGACAGGACGACCAGAAUGUUGCUGGCUGUUCUGGGUCUUUUUCUGUCUACCGAGGUGCCCCAGGGAUUGCUGGGACUGGCGAGCGCGUUAGCACCAGACUUCUUUAAGAGCUGUUACAGCAUGUUUGGUGAUUUAAUGGACGUUCUGGCGCUUUUCACGUCGUCGGUGAAUUUCGUGCUUUACUGCAGCAUGAGUCGGCAGUUCAGAUGCACCUUUGCGAGGCUGGCGCGCCGGAUGCUAUCCGGGACGGAAGAAUCUACGAAAUUCGUUGCCAAACAAGAGCCAACUACACAGGUAUUAUACGACAGGUCACCGGUCCCCUAUAGCGACAGAUCCCCGCCCUCGUCAGGGUGGUGGAGGAGAGUAUUAUAUAAUUUUACAGGUUCUGGCGCCGAAAGAGACUUAUGAUUUUACCUUAAAAUAUAUAGUCAUGAUUUUUUUACAUAUCUAUAUUAUUAAAAGGUCAUUGGUAUACUUAAAUUAUUAUACAUACACUUAAUAUUAUCAUCAUAGGGUACUUGUACAUAAAUACACAUAUUUAAUAUUGUUUACUAUAAGAUAAUACUUGUUCUAAUUUUUGUAUCUAGAAAUAAGUUCAUAUAUUAGUUUUUGCGUCUAUUGAGCCAUGACGCAAGAACUAAUUGUAUUAUAAGGCUUAUUUAUCGAGUCAUAGAAUAAGUCCUUACGAUUGUUGUUUUAAUAUUAUUAUUGUAUAUUUUAGGGUCCAAACUAAUUCGUAGUACCUACCUAUUUUGUAGAGAAUUAUUGACGUACAUAAAAUAACUUUAGUACGAAGUAAGAGCCCCUUAGUCAAUUUUUAUCUUUAAAUAUUUAUUUUUGUAUACUUUGUAAUUGUAAGUACAAUAAUAUAAGUGUAUUUGAAAUGUAUCUUCGUUCUUUGUGCAUAGAUUUUACAUUAUGAUACCUAAACGUAAAUUGACAAAUAAGGCUUUUGUCGGUUCACAUUAAUCAUUACCUAUGCCGUAAAAUUAAAAUGUUUUACACGAUUUGUUGUGGAUCAAUAAAUAAUUAAAUGAAAUA